AUGGACGUCACCUACGGGAUCAGUGGAGUCAGAGUCAUCGACAUAUCAUCCGCGAACAAGGGUAAUCCGGCCUUCAGCGAUGAACGCCUCAUCAAAUUAUCUGGUCAAAGUAUGAUAGUCGGUGGGAGGCGGGUCAGGACCGCCUGCGAUCCUUACAUCGAGAUCACAUACCAGAUGGCCACUCUGAAUGGCACGGACGGUGACCUCAGCGACAGCACGACUGCCUUCAACGGUCGAGUCACAGCGCGUGUGAUUACAGAUCUCGGGGGCACCGAGGAUCCUGCGGUCUUUUUCCCCAGUCGCUACCGGGAUGGGCGCGAGGUUACAGCAUACCCUUCACGUGAACCGAACAGGAUCCAGAUUCCUCAGGAUGAUAUCCUGUAUGACAGUCCUAAGGAGGGUGGCAAGAUUGCUCUGGGAACAUUUAUCAGGUUUGGACUGAAAAUGACGCUUCCGUCUCAACGCCCUGUGGACAUCCCUCUCGUAUAUAACACCAUUUCACAAUUUUCCUACAAUCUCGACGACGGUGGCGAGCCGUGCUCGGAAUAUGAGGUGAUUACAAAUAUCUAUCAGAGGGCUGAAGAUACAGGCGAUCUGAACUGGGGAGAAGACGAAACGGACGUCCAGCUCGCCUUGGACGCACAAUCCCCUGCUCGUGGAAGCGUCUGCUAUCCAAAUGCCGAUGGGGACUCCACCCUCGAUAAUAAACUCUUCGCGCGAAAUGCAUCUAAAACACAAGCUCUGUCCCCACCACAGACUCUAGUGUUUCACGACUGGGGAAAUGCGCCGAAUGAACCCGUGGAACCCGGCACAUACUUUGUGUCGGAGGAGAUCACCGAUCUCCUGGGGGAGUCGCGAUUGCAAUUCCACUGCAAUCCCACAGACUGCCACACAUGUGAGCUGCUCUACGAUCUGCGCCGCAACCAAUGCUGUGGGUGCGUGAACAUGGAUGUCUCGUAUGCGUUCAGCGAUAUCGAGAACUGUGAUGCGUACUCCUUGACUUGGGACUGUGGGGGGGGGNAACGUGGUUACCCUGGCCCAAUAGUGUCUGAUCCAUUCCAAAGAUCCGUUGACUCUGAAGAGAUCAGCGACGAGUUGCAGAGCGGCGAGUCGAGUGAGGAACCGCAUGCCCUGGAGAAGCGGGUGCCGGGUGAGGACACCCUGAGUCCCAAGAAAGUCAUUGCCCGCGACAUUGCAUUCACUCUUGGGGGGGAUGAUCGGUAUCCCGCCUUCCCUGCGAUGCAUAGUUCUCCCUGGGAUGGUAUUGAAAACGGGAGGUGGGAUUCGAUUUCACGGUACUGGGGCAAUGACUCGGCCGACUGUGCCGACUGGUCGAUAUCCGCACGUCGAACGGCCGACACCAAGUGGGCUAGUGACCAGACUGGCAGGCGUGUUAGGAUCCGAGCAAACUAUCAGACUCCAUGGCUCAUACAAUCGACUCCGCUGUCCAGCGCUCGUGGUAAACUACAUGAACGAGCCGACAUCUGGUUCAAAUUCUGCUCGACGUACGAAGCCAUCUACUUGCGUUUCCUUCAGUGGGAUGAAUGGUACAACAAUACUUAUGCCAACGGAGGCGCGACACGGACAAUUCCAAACAUGGCGGACGAAUGGAAGCUCUAUAUCCGCGUCGUCUUGAAUUCGUUUGUCUUGAACGCGCGCGAGAACUUUAGAUACUUCGCUGUCAAUCGCAAGUAA